UGUGGCAACACUGAUUCAGUGCCAAACAAAGAAGACGCAAAAAACUCAUUUGUAAACAGAUCGAAAUAAUUAAGAUGAGCUCCUGGCGCGAGAGUCUCACUAGCUUACCCGGGGCAGUGGCGCAAUUUGUGAAUGACAGUACAUCAACAGCGUCAAGUUAUCUGCAUCCACAGUCGACAUCGGGGUCUGAGGAAAGCGCUCCGCAACACACGGAUUACAAGGCGUUGCCCAUUCCCGCAUCGCUGGUGAAGGAACAGUGGCGCCUGAUCUUCACUUCAGAUGCCAACAUACAGGACCUACAGGCGGCUAUUGCCCACUGCCGUGAUCUUGUGCUGCUGAGCGAUGAAUGUAGCGAAGAGCGUCGAUGGCUGGUGCGACAUCUGGUUGACCUGCGCUAUUCGCUGCAGGAGCUGGAGGAGGCACAGACGCUGGCUAACAACAUGGACGAUGUGGUCGUAAUGAAUGCCAUUAAAUCUGUGGUCGGACAUCACUUUGUGCCCCAUCAUCCCAGCGCACGCAAUCGUUUACAGGCAGCAGCCAAACGUUUCUAUUGCGAUCACUGCACCGGGAUCAUCUGGAGAGUUGUGCAGGCUGCGUACAUCUGCAGUGAUUGCGGCUAUUUGGUGCAUCAGAAGUGCAUCGACAGUGUGCAGCGUGUGUGCGCUCAUGUACUCGUCUCGGAGCGUCAAUAUCCCAUCGCCGAAAUCUGUCCAGAGAUUGGACUAUCGGAGCAGCGUUACAAGUGCGCCGAGUGUUCCACGCUGCUCAAUUUCAAGAACUCCUGGAUAGAGCCGCGUCUCUGUGAUUAUCGGGGUCUCUACUAUUGCCCCUCGUGCCAUUGGAACGAUAGCUUCAUUGUCCCCGCCCGCAUCGUGCAUAACUGGGACUUCACACCACGUCGUGUCUCACGCACCGCCUUACAGGAGAUACAACUCUUCCUCAACAAACCGUUGAUACGUUUGGAAGAGGAGAAUCCCAAGUUGUUUGUGUUCCUCGAGAAGCUGUGCGCCGUCAAGAAACUGCGUCAGAACUUGGUGCACAUGCGACACUAUUUAGCCGCCUGCAAGUUGGCCGUGGAACAGAAGCUAGUGGAGCAACAGCUGAGCGGUCGUCGGCAUUUAGCGCAAUCCAAUGAAUUCUAUUCAUUGCGUGAUCUCAUCCAAGCGGAAUCGGGGGCCUUGGCUGAGUUUCUACAGGGAGUCUUUAAAGUGUUUAACUCCCACAUUCGUAGCUGUGACAUGUGCCUAGCCAAGGCGUACAUCUGUGAGAUUUGCAGCAACAACGAGGUGAUCUUUCCCUUUGACGACGGUUGCAUCAAGUGCGAUCAAUGCAACUCGAUUUACCAUCGCGUCUGCUUGACCCGCAAGAACAUGAUCUGCCCCAAGUGUGUGCGUAUCCAGGAGCGUCGACUGCAGCUGGAUCGUGCUACGAGCAGGCACGAGGACGAUGACGUUGCCAACUCCGAUUCCGCUGAUGCAGAACAGGCAACAGAAAUCGAUUAGACCACUCGAUUAAUUUGUUUUUAUACCCGCUACUCUUUAAGAAAGAAGAGUGUUUUGUGCUGUCCGUCUGCUUGCCUGUCGUCCUGUAUAAACACCUAGAUCUCCGAGACUAUAAGAGCUAGAGGCAUUUAAGUUAUUGACCAGCCUUCGGAAGCUACUAAAGUGAGAUUUUUGAAUUUGAUCUGAUUAAAAACUAAAAAAUGCUUCAUGGAAUUUUAAAACACAACGAAAGACAUACCUAAAAUAUCUUAAGGAUUUACAAUCGAGGCAAACAUUAGAACAACUCAUUAAAUGUUUUUAACUUCUCUGAAAAAGUUAGCGGGCAUAGUCGAG